AUGUCAAAUCCUCUCGAUACCGAUGCAGGCUCGGAGCUCUUCAGCAGUUAUGAAGCAGAGCUCAAACUCGUUCAAGCCGAUUUAAAUCAAAAGUUGGACCAGAUCCCCGAUCUUACUGGAGAACCUCGUAAAGCUGCCAUAAGUCAAGCUGAGAGAGCAUUAGAAGAGGCGAAUGAAUUACUUGAUCAAAUGCGACUCGAAAAACAAAACAUCCCUUCAGCAACUCGUACCAAAGUUAACCAACGAUUUCGAAAUCAUGAAUCAGAUGUGGAUGUAUCAAAGAGGAAAUUGAAGACUUUGCAAAAUGAUCGAUCAGCUCUAUUUGGUUCACGCUAUUCCGACAAUCCAAACGAUGUUCAACUCGAACAAAGACAACAACUUCUGUCAGGGACAGACAGAUUAGACCGAAGCUCGCAGAGACUAAAGGCCAGUCAAGCAUUAGCAAAUGAGACGGAGGCUAUUGGUGCUAGCACGCUCGCAGAUUUACACAGACAGAGGGAGACAAUUCAGCAUACACAUGAUACAUUGAUACAAAGUGAGGGGUUUGUUGAUAGAAGUGUAAAGACGUUGAGGGGGAUGUCUCGUAGGAUGGCUACCAACCGGAUAAUCACCGUGGCCAUCAUAACAGUCUUAGUUCUUCUUAUUAUUGCUGUUAUUGUUAGCAAGUUCAGAUAG